AUGGCUAUGUUUGAGGACCAGCAAUCAAACUUCAAAUACUUCUGUAAAAUCUGCAAGAAAGGAUUCGGUUGUGGAAGAGCAUUGGGAGGGCACAUGAGGGCGCAUGGAAUAGGUGACGAAAGCGAGCAGAUUGAUGAAGAAGAUGACCCGCCCAGCGAUUGGGAGGACAAAACCGGGGGAGGCAAUAACGUCCCUUCUACCAACACCAAAUGCAUGUACGCCUUAAGAACAAACCCUAAUCGUUUGAAGACCUGCCGGAAUUGCGAAAAUUGUGGCAAGGAGUUUAUGUCUUGGAAAUCAUUUUUGGAACACGGAAAAUGUAGUAGCUCCGUCGACGCAGCGGACUCUCUGGUCUCGUCACCAGAUUACGAAGAUGAUAGAAGAGGUUGCAGCGGGUGGUCUAAAAGAAAGAGAUCCUUAAGGGCAAAAGUUGGUACAUUUGGUAACUCACAUUGCCCGUCAAGUGAGGAAGAGGAUCUCGCCAACUGCUUAAUGAUGUUAUCUAAUGCAACAGUAGAUCCUAUGGAGGCUGAACCAGAAGAGUCUUGUGCUUCAGCUAGCAAAGAAGAAGAACGUAUUCGAAACCCUAUGAAUAAUUAUAUGGCUCCGGUUUCCCGAGGGAUGGCCGUAGAAAACAACAAGGCAAAAGGAGUCGCUAAUAGUAAAGGUUUGUUUGAAUGCAAAGCAUGCAAGAAAGUCUUUAAUUCUCAUCAAGCCUUGGGUGGCCAUAGGGCCAGCCACAAGAAGGUUAAGGGUUGCUUUGCUGCCCGCCUUGACCACCUCGAGGAUAGUAUGGCAGACGACGACGUUAUUACACACGAAGAGUUCUUCCCAUCAAAACCAAAUUCAAGCUUACAGUUUGACCACGGUUCUAGUACCCCAUCAUCAGCCUAUACCUCCAAGAGAAAAUCAAAGGUACAUGAGUGCUCUAUAUGCCACCGGAUUUUCUCAUCGGGGCAGGCGUUGGGCGGGCACAAGCGGUGUCAUUGGAUUACGUCUAACGCAGCCCCGGACUCAUCCACACUUGCCAAGUUUUAUGAGUUUCAAGAAAGCAUGGAGCAGCAAAUAAUGAACCAACAAAGGCCCAAGUUUGAUAGUAGUACUUCUGAUCCACUCGAUCUCAAGCUUGAUCUUAACCUUCCCGCCCCCACCACGGAUGAGAAUGGCGGAGGAGGAAGAGGAGAUCGUCCGAUCACGAAUCCAAAUCCAUCAAGCCUAGAGGUGUCUACAGAUUUUUUUUUACAGUCUUGGGUGGGGACUAAAGAGGAGGAAAAUCCCCAUCAUCUUCAUCACUCCGACAACCAAGUUGACAAGGACAACAACAUUAUUAACAACGACGAGUGUAAUGUUAAUAACCACAAUAAUAGCAGUGGUUCGAUGCAGAAUCUGGUGGAUGAAGCAGACAGUAAGGUAAAGUUAGCAAAGCUAAGUGAACUAAAGGAUAUCAACACGAGUGGGAGUUCCUCGCCAUGGUUGCAAGUGGGGCUUGGUUCAACAACUAAUGUUGCAGCUGACCCGUAA